AUGUACCUCUGCUGUACCUUCUGCAACCCAACCCAGGCCCAUCCUCAUGCAACGUGGAACGGUCCGGCGCGCCAGGGAGAGCUUGACUUGUUCAUUCUGAUUACCCGUCGAGUCGGAUCAUCUGGUUACGAAGCAACUUUUGUGUUUUCUGUUUCCAUUGUGACGGUGAUACUGCGAUGUGAUGUAGUUGACUACUACCGAAAGCCACGAGAUGUGAUGAGAAAUAAUGGCUUUGAGAUUAAGACAACUUCGCGCUUCAAGGAUGAGACACACGGCUGUCUGUGGAGAAAGGGUCCUGGUGACAUUAACUCAACAUAA